CUAUUUCAACCCUGUGGAGGGGAGGCACAAGAUCUGCAGCCAUUUGUGGGAGCCCAUGGGAUAUCUGCUGUAAACUGUCCCAUGUUCUGUCUCUGUUGUCUGGAUCAGAUGUUUUCUACAGAUGACCACCUGAAUCCUCCUUUCUACCGUUCUCCAACUGGAUAGUGCCCUGUACUGUACGCUGCCUGCCAAAAUGGACCCAGUCAUUCAACCACCCGGCCCUGAGAGCCAGGCCCUGUCCAGUGGGAGGACAGCAGUGCAGGAGGGAAACUCAAGAACCCAAGACCUUGUUGGACGUACAAGCUUACCUGUCCAAACCAUUCAUCUGUCAUCCAACAGUGACAAUGUCCACACUGUCUGUCCUCCAGUGACUAAGACAGACAGUACUUUUGCUGCCUGUCGACCAUUAAGAGCUCACAGUGACAGUGAUGGGAGGUUAACCAGGGAGGAGCUGCUAAGCCAGACUGACCUGGCAGGAGGGACACCCUCGACUGUGUGUCAACCACAGAUCUCCUCGGUCCAACCAGACAUGACAGCAUCCACCCCAUCAGAAGAGCCCCCACCCUACAGCCCACCUGACCCCAAGAUGGCCUAUAUUAUCUAUCCUCCACAACCACCUCACUACCCAGGACCCCCUGUCAUAGCCUGCCAGCCAGGACCCAACCAGCCAGCCUUCUACCAGGCCCAGUUCAUGCCUUCACCCAGCUACCCUCCCUACACCAUAUACAUGAGCAGCCCUCCACUGGGGGACGAGCGGCCUCCCCUGCCCAAGGACUACAUGGUGGAGUCCCUGCUGGUCACCAUCUUCUGCUGCCUUAUGAGUGGCCUCAUUGCCCUUUUGUACUCAUAUGAGACCCGUGCUGCUCUGGCCAGAGGGGACAUGAGGGAUGCAGAGAGGGCUUCCCAGAAGGCCCGUUUGCUGGUGCUGUUCAGCCUAAUGUUUGGGGUGUUUGUUUGUGUGGGCUGGAUCAUAUAUGUAGUGAUAUCUCUCUGUGCAUAGUGAUUUGCACCUGAUACACGUCUACUCAUCUACAUUUUAGUAAUUUAGCAUAUGCUCUUAUAUUCAGUGACUUACAGUUAUUGCAUUCAUCUUAAGAUAGCUAGUUGGGACAACCACAUACACUCCCCCCUUUGUUGCUAUAACAGCCUCCACUGUUCUGGGAAGGCUUUCCACUAGAUGUUGGAACAUUGCUGCUGGGAUUUGCUUCCAUUCAGCCACAAGAGCAUUAGUGAGGUUGGGCACUGAUGUUGGGCGAUUAGGCCUGGCACACAGUUGGCGUUCCAAUUCAUCCCAAAAGUGUUCGAUGGAGUUGAGGUCAAGGCUUUGUUCAGGCCGGUCAAGUGCUUCCACACCAAUCUCAACAAACCAUCUCUGUAUGGACCUUUCUUUGUGCACGGCGAUGGUUAGAGCGUUGGGCCAGUAACUGAAAGGUUGCUGGAUCAAAUCUCCAAGCUGACAAGGUAAAAAUCUGGCGUUCUGCCCCUGAACAAGGCAGUUAACCCACUGUUCCCCAGUAGGCCAUCAUUGUAAAUAAGAAUUUGUUCUUAACUGACUUGCCUAGUUAAAUAAAUAAACUGUUGCUACAAAUUUUGAAGCACA